ACACUGUUCACGUACAUCCGCCCAGACUCAACUAGCAUCAUGGCUGCGGUGUGCACUGCCUCCCGUGUUCUCACCAAAAAGGUCUUGACAGCAAAAGCUCUUCCUGCAGUGUGCCAGAGCAGCUCCAGGAAGUUCCACUUCUCCAUCUACGGCAACCGGGACGCCAACAAUGCCAAAGUUUCAGAUGGAAUCUCAACGCAAUACCCUGUGGUCGACCACGAGUUCGAUGCUGUGGUGGUGGGCGCCGGAGGGGCGGGGCUUCGUGCCGCCUUCGGCCUAUCAGAAGCCGGCUUCAACACAGCCUGCAUGACAAAGCUGUUCCCAACCAGGUCACACACCGUGGCAGCACAGGUAGCUAGACACCUGGCGAUGCACACCUGGAGAUACUCAACUAGUAGAUACUCACCUGUAGAAAACUCAACUGUCUGGUCACGGUGGUCUAGAUUAUUUCACCUGCUCCACUGUAGAAAGCUGCAUUUAUUCAUUUACGCUUCUAUCCAAAGCAACAAAACUGGCAUCCUCGGUGUACCAGCAGCCAGUAGACGGUUCUAG